UGUACGCAUGCGCGGCGUGAGCACGAGCACAAUAAGGAAGUGGAGAGAUUAUAAACAUAAACGUUAAUCCAGACCAGACAGCAAAGAAAGUGUGUUAGAUGAAUGUCAUCGACACAGUGAGGGGAUAAAACAGAUUAUAUUGAUCAUUUGAUCGGCUGGGAAAUCUGCAGGAAUCAUGUCAGAGAAAUCCAAGAUCUUUCUGAGUGGAGUGGUCGAGGGGUUUUAUGGACGGCCGUGGACUAUGAACCAGAGAAAAGAGCUCUUCAGAAGGGAGCAGAAAUGGGGAUUGAACACUUACCUGUACGCCCCAAAAGACGAUUAUAAGCACCGAAUGUACUGGAGAGAUCUUUAUUCUCUGGAGGAAGCAGAUCAACUCAUUACUCUCAUCUCAGCUGCUAAAGAGUGUAAUGUUGAGUUUAUCUAUGCCAUUUCUCCGGGUCUGGACAUCACCUUCUCAAACCCUAAAGAAGUGUCAGCACUAAAGAGAAAACUGAGCCAGGUGAGUGAAUUCGGCUGUCGCUCGUUCGCGCUGUUGUUUGAUGACAUUGAGACUGAAAUGUGUCCCGCGGAUAAAGAAGCGUUCGGCUCAUUCGCUGACGCCCAAGUGUCCGUCACCAAUGAAGUGUUUCAGCAUCUGAAGGAACCGCAGGUCUUCCUCUUCUGUCCCACCGAUUACUGUGCUGCGUUCUGCACCCCGAGUGUCCAGCUGUCCAAGUAUUUAAACACAGUUGGAGAGAAACUCAAUCCGGGCAUUGAUGUCCUCUGGACAGGGCCAAAGGUGGUGUCAAAUGACAUCAGUGUGGCAUCUAUAGAGGAGGUAUCUGCUGUUCUCAGGAGACCUCCAGUGAUUUGGGACAACAUUCACGCUAAUGAUUACGACCCACAGAGACUUUUCCUCGGACCCUUCAAGAAUCGUCCCACAGAGCUCAUCCCUAAACUCAGAGGAGUUCUCACUAACCCCAACUGUGAAUUUGAGCCCAAUUUCGUUGCGGUUCACACACUGGCAACCUGGUGCAAGUCCAGCUCUGGACAGAAAGAUGUUUCUAUGGAUGGUGAAGAUCAAGGUUCAGACUACAUCCCCCAUGAUGCUUUGCGGCUUGCGCUCACAGAAUGGCUGGUUGAGUUUGGCAAAGCUGAUCAACCUGAUGGCUCUCGAAGUCGCAGCGGUCGCUCUAAACGAGAAGCGUCUGAAGAAGAACCGAUGCAGACGGACGGCUACGUUCCCGGACCCAAAGACAACCCGCUGUACACGGCCGAACCCCUGACGCUGGAGGAUCUUAACCUGCUGUCAGAGCUCUUCUACCUGCCGUACGAACACGGCCCGACCGCAGUCACCAUGCUAAAGGAACUCCAUUGGCUUCGUGACAACAGCGAUGCUGCUACGACCGGUGACAUCACAACUGAAUGUGAAAGGGUUAAAGAGUGGAGACAGAGAGCUGAAAGGUUUGAUGAAAUGUGUGCUGCUGUAGUUCAGAUGUUCAACAGAUUGUCAAACGUCCCCAACAGACUGAUCCUCUAUGACCUCUACAACUACAUCUGUGACAUCAAGAGUGGAGUUUUACUGGCCAGAGCCUUCGUCAAAACACUUGGAGGUGGAACUCCGCACCCAGCUAUGAUUAUAAAUGAUAACCCAGAGCCGUGGGGUUUCAGAGGGGGUCUUUCUGGAGAAUUCCAGAGGAUGCUGCCGUGUCAUGGUAACAGAGAUCUGUUUCGCAUUCCUCCUGCAACACGCAUGUACACCAUCCGCCCAAAUACUGCUGAAGAUCAGCCGGAGGUGAUGAAGCUUUUUAAAGAGAUGAAUACUGAGACACAACAGACUGUGGAGCUGAUUGGAGACAGGCUGGUGCAGGGUGACGUCCACCCCACUCAAAACUGCAGUCUGAUCCUGGAGGAUUCAUCUGGUAUCUGUGGUUAUGUGUUUGCCCUCUCUGAUGCUAAAACUGCAAUGACUAAAGCUCAGUAUCCAGAGGCGAUGCUGUCUGAUUACCCAUCAGUCAUGACCGUUCAGAUCCACCCGAAAGUUCCCGACCCCACAGCAACUAAGCGUCUGAUUGAACAAGUGCUGUCAUCGCUGAGAGAGAGUGGUUCUAAAGGCGUUUAUAUUGAGUUCAGGUCCAAUGACAGAAGGAUGAUGGACUUCCUCAAGACAUUGAAUUUCUUCCAGGUGCUCCGAUUCGAAGGACUUCCGGCAAAUCUGGUCGUCAUGGGAACUAAACUAUGACAUCAUGAGAUCUUCAGGAUCCCCACCAGCUAACAUUUACACAAUAAAACAUCUGAUUAAAGUCUUAUUUCAAAUAGAAAAAAAUAUUAAUUACUUUUGAGUUUUUGAUCUUUGUUUCUUUGUUUAAAUCCUAACGAUUGUGAUUGUAAAAACUGAUUUAGAUGUUAAAUAUUUUAUUUAACUCUUAAAUAAAAAAUAUCUGUGAGAUAUCAA